GGCAUGCCUUGUCAUCCUUGGGGUAUGAGGUGACCAAUGAAGAAGAGGCACAGUGGGGGUAUGAGGUGGUCACAAACGAGCAGUUGCGCUGUGUUGAGAUGUAUAUCCGGUUUCCAGUAGGCCUUACAGGCAGCAGCCCCCAACUUGAAGAGUGUGGUUUUUCUGUGAGUAUUGCACCCCAAGAGAGAGUGCUGAUGGAGAUAUCACGCAAGUUCACUCUCGACGAUGUCCAUUUCCUUGCAUGCUCUUCCCGUAUGCUGGUCCAGAAGUCGUGGGGUACGUCUGCUUACGGCAUCCACGCCAUGCUCACCGCACACGAGGCAAUGAGGAGGAGCUGGGCAGACACCGAUGACUUCUUCUUUCGGCGACUCUUCUGCGAUUGGCAUGAUAAGCCAAUCGACUGGCGCCAUCCCUUUGUCUUCUAUUAUGGACAUACGAUUGCUUUUACAAAGCAUCGUCUUGUACCUGAAGAGUGCGCUUCUCCGAUGGAUAUAAUGUUUGCAAGGGGAAUCAACCCGCUGUGUACAGAUCCCGACGUCUGUCAUCCACAUUCGCCCGUCCCUGAGGAGUGGCCAUACAAGGCUGUCGUAAUUGACUAUGUGAGAACUGCAAGGGACCUCGUCAUGCGAGCUUUGGCGUGUGGGACACCAAAGAUGUCCAGGGUAGCCAUGUCGAUAGAGCAUGAGAGAAUGCACCAAGAGACACUUUGCUACAUGCUGGCGCAAAAGCGAAGGAUAAAAUUUGAGUCCGUGCUGACGACCUACGCAACACGACAAACAAUGUCCGAGGGAACAGAUGUUACAGAUCUCAAUCAUUAUGGAGAUGGAAAAAGUUUCGUCCGGGAAACGGCGGGACACGAACCGAAGGAGAACCUGCCCUCCUUGACUGCAACACCCCCCACCUUGAUAUCACCGAUGGAGCGGCCAGCAAAGGAUGAGCCGGAGGAGGACGGGGGGAAGGAGGAGGAGGAGGAGGAGGAGGAGGAGGAGGAGGGGGAGAGGGUAUUGUCAAUGCAGAAGGGUGUGGAAUCCCUCUUGAAUGGCAGCUUGCAAGUUGCCGCCGACCCUAGGCUAAGCCCGGCUAACGAAAAUGUUUGGUCCCAUAAGCACCUUCCCAAGCUGGUGAGCGGCGACAAGGAGGUUGCUGGAAAUUCUAUGACCAUUCGGCGUCCUGACGUUCGAAUAUCUGCUGGCCCAGUGUGCUUGGGAGACAACAGUUUGCCGGACCGCUUCCUGUGGGACAACGAGUGCCCGCAGAUGUUGACGGAGGUGGCAAGGCCGUUUCUCGUGGCGUCUCGGCCCGUCACAAUCGCUGAGUUCCGUGAGUUCAUUCUCGAAGGUAGGGGUUAUCACCGGCCAGAAUUCUGGGAUUGUGAAGAUUACGCCCACUUCAAAGCAAGGGGACAAUGCUAUCCGGCCACGUGGACAGCUGUGGUCCCCCCAGUAUCAGCUGUUGUUACGGGGUCUGCAGGACGAACUGGCAACAGGUUAGUGGACUUAGACUCUUUGAUUGCAGAUCAUCAAGUCAUCGACCAAGGGGUGCCAUCCAGUGAUCAGGCGCUUGAUCACAAUAACAAUUGCAAUGAAUCUGAAAGUGAUGAAGCUUUGUGCACGGGCUCAGAAGCUGUGACUUUGAAUGGCCGCAAAUGUGUUGAAGGGGGCGAACUGGCCGGCAAACAUGCGUCGGGAGUCUUCGGAGGAGAAUAUCUCGACUUCUUCAUCCAUGAUGACGUCGGGACGUAUCAUUGGAGGGAUGUGGCAGACCGGCCUGUCUAUGUCAGUUUGUCAGAGGCCAUGGCGUUCUGUGCAUGGGUGGGGAAAUGCAGAAUCAUGACAGAAGCGGAGUAUGCGAGGACUAUAGCGGACUCCUCCGGUACCACCGCCGACACCUCGGCAACGAAGGAGGUAAUAAGGGAGCUGGAGGAGGGUGGAUGGGAAUGGACAAGCACACUGUUCGGUCCAUUUCCCGGGUUCAUCCCGACUGAAGGAUACCGGGAGUACUCAACAGACUUCUUCGAUGGCCAUCACUUUGUUCUCAAAGGAUCUGCUCCAUGCACACACUCCUCCAUGCGCAGAAAGUCGUUUCGAAACUUCUACCAACGGCAAUAUCCGUACGCUUUCGCCAAGUUUCGUCUGUGCUCCGACUGUCCAUGAGCAUCUUGAUGCCCUUGCCAAUGGAUGAAUCGUACCAUUUCUUCCACCGGCUCACAGCCAUAGGCCCAUAGCCAGAAAGGUUUGCAAGCAGCUUAGUCACAAUGGAGACUACCUUCUUCCCCCGAACACAGCGCACCCUCGUUUUGACUGUCGCUGGAGGGAAAGAUGGUCUGUAUACAUUCAUUUUCAGGGUGCGUUAUGUUCGGGGGAAGACUGUAGUAAGUCCAAUGCAGCAAAGCCUGACAACUCCAAGUCUCAGAGUGCACCACCAGUACUUGGCCCAGCUAUUGUACUGGCAGCCGAAAAAAAACAAGGGAAAAGACAUAUUAAAAUUUAAAAGUUAAAAGUUAAAACCAAUCCGGCGAUAAAACCUUUGUUACAGUAACCAUUUCGGAAUCCCCCGAAACGGAGAAAAAAAUGUGCCGCAGGUCUUUUUUUUUUUCUUUUUUUUUGUGUGUGUGUGUGUGUGUGUGUGCCGCAGGUCACAAAACCAAUCAGAGAACUUCUGUUUUCAAAUUGGCCACUUAGGACGUGUCAACAUCAGCGAAUGAGCCCAAAGGCAGCACUGCUAAACUGCCAUUUUGUCAAAAUGGACAGUUUGUUUUUUUGUUUUUAACAAAAUUGAAACCGAGUU